AAACCUAUUUCGCCAUUUCGCUUCUUUCCGCGGUCCGUUGUGUGAUAUAUGUAGCAUGUAACAAAACAUCACCAGCUGCCCAUACACAUAUUUAGGUGUAGCUGCUUACUCGAAAUGGCGCUCCGGACCGCUCACACGCCGCAGCAGCUGGCCUACCUCGGCGAUGCUGUAUGGUCGUUGCAUGUGCGUUGCAAGUACCUCUCGCCUCCAAAGGUGUUUGCCUCCUACCGAGGAGCCGCGGAGCGCCACACCAGCGCGGCCCGGCAGUCCGCCUACCUGGACUGCCUGCUGUCCUCGGGCUGGCAGCUCAGCCCUGCCGAGGCCGAGCUGCUGGGCUGGUCGCAGCGCGUGCAGGGAGGCGGCGCCGGAGGCGGAGCGGCAGCAGGGGCAGCAGUAGCAGCACCAAACUCAGCAGCAGCAGACGGAAAUGUAGGAGGAGGAGGAGAAGGGCCAGAUGGAGCAGGGGGUCCUGGGGGCGGCACGGAAGCGGCGGCAGGAGGCCGGGCCGCUGGCGUUUGCGGCCGGGCGGGGCCGGGCCGGAGAGGCGGCCGAGGCGGCCGGGGUCGAGGGCUGGCGGCCGCGGGGACCGGUGAUGGGCGGCUCAAGUUCCGCGGGCGGUUCACCUCAGCGGGAGGCCAACAGGAUGCGUACCGGCGGGCUACCGCGUUUGAGGCCGUGCUGGGCCACCUGUCCCUGUCCGACCCGCCCCGGCUGCAGCAGCUGCUGACCGCCCUGGAGCCCCACAUGGAGCAGGUGGACGGCGGCGAGGAGGGGCGGCAGUAGCAGGCGCUGACAGGGGCAUGGAGCAGGGGCAGUAGCAGGGGCCCGGAGAGCUGGCACGGAGCUGGCAGUAGCAGUGGCGGGCGGGAGGAGCGGUGUUGGCUCGUGGCAGCGAGAGGUGUGAGGGCACUGCGCAACAAAGAGUGCUGCGUUGCCAAGCAGAUUGUUGCAGGGACCGGGGGGGGCUAAAGGUGGCGGGCGGGAAGCGGCCGUGACGGAAGUGUUCGAGAUUGUGUAGGCAGCGACGUGUUAAUGAGCCGGCUGCGUUGCAGUAUGUAAGCAGCUUGUGCGACAGUGGUGGGGGUGGCCUUAUACAUGGUUGGGUGAGUUGGAGACGGGAGAAGUGCAUUGCGGAGCGGCGCGUGGUGCGGCACAAUGCGCGACGUCCCGAUGACCCUGAUCAUAUUGGAUUCAUACGUUCUGCUUUGGGUCGCUGCAUGCAAGUGACGAAAGCGUGAUACAGUAAUAGCACCCUGAGCAGUAGCGUUGCAGUACGGUAGCAUGGGCCCGUUUGGGUACAUCUACCUGUGCGAGGCGCCAAUCAAUGACAUGAUGCAUACUGGGGCCUGGGACGCAAGUGGAGUUCCCAGCGGGUGGGUGGGACGUGCUUCUGAGUGUGCCGUAGUGCAGAACCGCAUAGCGCGUGCUAAGAACUACAUGCGGUCGAGUGGAGUAACGUGUGUGCUGGGACUGGAUGCGAUGGGAGUCAUGGGACAGGGUAAGGGGCAGGUUGGCGGCAUUGCGGCUGGAAUUGCGCCUGGACGGAACUUGAAGUUAGCCCGGCGGCCCGGUUGCUCGUUGUCAUGCGAGCUACUCCCUGCGCUGACAGUGAACUGAUAGCCUUCAGGCAUUGACCUGGGAAACAGGCACAAGGGUACGCCCAUGGGGCAGCGUUCAUAGAAACGAGCGGACGGGAGGCUGCGGGGAAGAAGGCGCAUGGGUAAGAAGGUGCCG